AUGCUCCCUCUCCCAACUCGCCUCCUCCGACUCCCCGUAGCGCGUCGCGCGUUCUCCGCCAGCUCGCUGUGGCGCAUCGCUGCCGAUGCCCCUCCCCCAGGCCUUUCAGAGGGCGAGCAGCACAUCUACGCGAAGCUGACGGAGAAAUUCGCUCCAUCCCAGCUGCAGGUCCAGGACGUUUCUGGGGGAUGCGGUUCUUUCUAUGCUAUCACAAUUGCUAGCGAGGCAUUCAAGGGAUUGCCCAUCGUGAAGCAGCAUAAACUGGUCAAUGAGACGCUGAAGGCGGAGAUUAAGGAUAUUCAUGGUCUGCAGCUCAAAACUAUCUCGAAAUGA